AUGUUCAAUAAAAUUUUUGUAGUAUCUUUAUUAUUUUUAAAUUCAAAAUCAAUUACUAGUCAAACAGGUGAGGAUCAAGAAUUUGAUCCUUAUGUUUUUAAGAAUGCUAGAGUUCCAUAUAAAAAUAAUAAAUAUGCUGUAGAUUGGUUAAACUCAGAUGUAGCUUAUCUUCAAAGCCCGUUUCUAGCUGCUGGAAAACCAACAAAAUUUCAUACACCUGUAAAUUUACCAACAAUUGCUCCAUAUAUUGUAAAAUGGUCUAAAAUUGACGAUGUUAAAAUUAACGAAGAAAAUACAUGGAAUUUUGAAAAAAGAAUAGACAGAAAAGUUUGGUGGCCUAAUAAAUAA